GCGGCGGGCUUGCGGGGCGGCGCGGCGGCCGGCGGCGGCGGCGGGGCCGGCCGGCUCCGGGGCGGCGGCGGAGGGCCUCCCGCUGGACCCGGCCCGCCCGCGGGCCAGCCUCCGCCCAUCGGCGCCGCCGCCGCCUCUGCGGCCGCUCUAUGCGACGCGUCCGUGCCGCUGCUGCAGCACAACGGUUGCGUGGCGCCGCGCCCGCUGUUGCUGGUGCAGGCCGACGCCGCGGAGGACUCUGACACCAACAGCAACUCGGCGCUGCUGCUGGCGGACGACGCGGGCGGCGGCGUGGGCGGCCUCGGCGGCAGCAAGAGCACGGGCGGGCCCACGGGCCGCGGCGGCACGCCCAGCAACGGCAACAACAACACCUUCGAGCUACGAGAAUUCAACCGCAUGCUGGCGCGGCACGGCGGGCGCCUCUAGACCCGCGACGCAUAUUUCUAAAUCGUAACCACGCACAUCCUUCCUUCCCUUCCUUUGGUCAGACUCGGGGUACCGCUUCAAGUAGUCGGAAUUGGUGCUCACUAGAAGUCGCCGCAACGACCGUGAGAGAAAUAUUAUUGAAAGAUUCUUUAAGGAUGGAGCUAUGUCUCGGCAAUUUUCAAUAUACAACACGAAGCAUUUCGCAUAUUCUCUCCCUCCUUGAAAACAUUUCGUGUAAUUCUUAUUUUGAAGAGAAUGUUCCAAAAUGGGAUUUUGCAAAUAGUUAUUCAGUAGUACGGCCUUGGAAGAAUACGUACUAGGUAUGGCGGUAUGGCCAUGGAGAAGUCUGGCUAACUACUGCUGUGCUGUGUAUAUUCAUAUCCAGUUAGAACGAAAGAUGGCUUGUGAUCUAUGUACUAUUAAUACUACUACUUGAGAUUAACAGUUUCUGCAAGUAGUAUUAUAAACAAAAGCGAAAAUUCGUUUGCAUUUCGUCAUUCUUGUGCAUUCCUAAUAAUUGAAAUUUGCGGCCUGUAUACUGAAUUCGCAUUUUAAAUUUAUUUGUUCAAUAUAAAUUUAGUCUAACUUGUCUUAUGUUCUGUGUUCCUAGUGGAAAAUCAGUAAAAGGGUAAUUGCAACGUGGUUUAUUUAGUAAUCAUAUCAAUUCCAAUAUCUUAUUCCCGUAAUUUCCUUAAUUCUCAAUGAUUUUUACAUGCGUCGCCUACUGUGCACCAUGCCACCUACUUGCAACGGCUCCAAGAUCCUGACCAAUGAAUGAGAAGUCUCAUUUCGGGGUUGCUGUAAAUAAAGGGUUACGAUUUAGAAAUAUGCUCCCCGCCCGCCCCGCUCUGCCCCACCACGCUUCGCCUCGCCCCGCUCCGCUCCACUCCACCGCCGGCGACGUCGCCUUAACAGGCCGAGGCAUGCCUCCACGCAUGGGGAGCGAGGUGUGUCUGGAUUAGUGCGCAACACUCCGAAGGGCGGCAGUUUUCGAGCAAUUGUCGCGCCGAGAAAUUGCUCCCCCCUCAACUCCUCCAGGUUUCGAUUAAACAAGCGAGCCCAUCGUUCAGAAGCUGGAAGUGCGUCAUUACAAACUGAUCAUUGCCUAAUAUACAUAAAUUAUUUUUUUAUUCAGAAACAGUUGUUCUGUAUGAGAUCUCAGGGGAAAUGGUGGCAAGAAAUACAGCAGUGGUCCUUGAUAUAUAAUACACUGUUCGACUUCGAUAUAUAAUAUAUACGUGAAACCGUUUACAUGGAGGAAAGAUAUUCAGUUUCCAAUCUCGCAUAACAUUUUUCAAUCCGACACAGGAUUAUUUUGAUAUACGUACAACAGGUUUUGAGAGAAACCUUUCAACAUUCUUUCAGAUCAUAAUAAAACACAUCUUCCAAAUUCAAAGUAAAAGUAGUCAAAGGAAUAAGUUUAUCCUUUCAUUCCCACAAAUGCUAGGUGAAACUAUGUAUUAUUCUGUAAUCUCAUGAUAAAAUGAAAAUCAUUCAAUUUAGCGCAUGUGUAUUUCAAUCUACGAUAACAUGUGAACUUCAAUUAUAGAGACAACGUAAUUAUUACUGACGUAGGAUGGCCAGGAAGUGCAUUUUUCAUUUAAGGCAACUCCACUACAAUUUUUCAUACUGUUUCAUCAAAAACAGUUGCAAGUUCAAUCAUCGAAAUGAUUGAAUCACAAUCUUAAUGCGACAAUUGUAACUCGUCUCCUCCAAUUCUAAAUUCACAAAAAAGAACUUUCACUCUGCUAUAAAUUCAUCACUACAUUAAAACAAUUUGGAAUGUUCAUUGCGUACAAAACUAUUCUAAAAAUAAAAGAUCACUGUCUAAAACCCAUAUCUCUUGAGAUCUGUUCAUGACACGGUGAAAAUGCAUAGUAAUUUAGCAAAAUUGAGAUGGCGAGGGGUUAGAUCAUUCGCUUAUAGAAAACUGGAAAUUGGAAGCACGAAGGAAAUUUUAUCAUCAACACUAUUGUUAAAUGAUUAUUAUAUUUCUAAAAAUGGUGAAUAUUUUUGCGAGAUUUAAAUAUCUUGAUGACAAAAUGCAACACAGUUCUUUAAGGAAAGAUUACGUAUUUGGCAAGCUAAAAGAACUGGCUAAAAAUUACCGAUUUUAAUUUUGAAAUAGUUACCGUGUUAUUUUUGUAAUUUUCAUCUCGAAGACUUUAUUUUACUAUAUUGUAAAUCGGUGCUUGAUUUAUAGGCCCCGGAACGCACCCUCAAACUACUUAUUAAUUUAAUAGAAAUAAUUAUAUUUAUGGUAUAAUUUAAUAAUUAUUCCCGGGGUACCGGAUUGCCGUUCCGUCGCGUUCAGCCAGAAAUUAAGCCGUUGUUAAUAAUAAAACUUUAGAAUCUAACACAAAAAUACCCAGCGAAACAAAUGUGUGCACUCUUGGUAAUAUAAUCUAUUCUAGCGCUUUCUAACAAAAAAGUGUGAAUGAGAGGCUCAGAAAGGCCCGAAUACGUAAUGCCAUGUUCACCAUUUUACUCAGUUUACAUGUUUGCUUCCUUAUCACGCGUUUUCCGGAUUCCGAAGAACCAGCAUACAGCGUAUUCCAACAUUCAAUCUUGAUUUAUAAAUAAACGUAAUAAUGUCAUUUGCCCCUCGCCAUCUAAGAUUCAGAACGAAACGCCAGCUUGAGCAUGAACUUGCCCGUCAACUUUCCCAUCAUUUCGGUGUCUAGUACAAGCAUAGGCCUACUGCUACUGUGUUUUGAGAUAAAUGUUCCGUGACAAAACGUCACAGACUUACAAAUAACAUGGAAGUCAUAUCGGUAAUUCUGUGUAAUAUUUGUCUUUUCAACGUUGAAACCAAGUGAUAGAAAAUCUUAAAUGUUCAAGUUCUCAUUUAUGUGUCAAAAAUGGUUGUUCUUAGAUGGUUCAAAGAUGUUUUUUCAACCCCUGGCGUCGUAUUCUGAAUCUUGGUUGUAACAACACCCAACAUGGCAAACUUCCAAGUGCGCACACUUGUGAACCCUCGAUGGGAAAUUCUCCAUCUGGACUCGUUAAAAAACCUUAUGAAAGGCCACGUCUGCAUUUUCACCCACACACCAAGACCCUUCGAACUGCGUUGAAAUAUAUAAGAACAUAAUGUGGUGCCGACAGAAAUAAAAAAGAACCAAAAAAGCCAACAAAUCCAAUAAAAAGCAAGAGACCUCAAACCAUCCAGCUCGUGAGUGUAUGAUCGUCCCGAAGUGGGGAAGCUAAUGGAAAAAGCGAAGAGGUGAGUGAGAGGCAAACGGACUCGGGCAAUCUCGAAUUCCUCCUGCAAAAGGAGUGCAGCAUCCAGCAAACAGUGAGAUAGUUGGACUACUGUGGAAGCUGCCAUACAGCGACCUUAAUUCUUGGUCCUACGAAGCAAACCCCCUACUCUUCAACACCACCAGAAGGCGCAAACACUGUAAAUUAUUUUUUUAUUAAAUUAUCUAAAUAUAUUGUGUACAUCGCGCAGAGGGUUGGAUCUGUAGCCAGUCACUACCACUAAUACUACUCUACUACUUCUACUAAUACUACUACUCAUACUGUUUACUUCACACAAAAAAUGAAAAACCACUAGCCACAGCAGAGUAUCAAGGAACUAGAGUGCAGUCUAGAGCAUUGAGCCCGAUAGGUAGACAGUGCAGAAAAUAAACAAGAGUGGGAGCUCCAUUAUAUGACAUGCUCAAGGCAGUGUGUUGGUCUCCCCUCCACAUGCAUCGUAGAGCAGCAUUCAUAGCGCAUCCAAGGCAAGCAGGUAACAAAUUGUAUAUUUGAAAAAAAAAUAAAAUAUAUUUAAAACAAGUCAUAGAGCUCUUCAGUUUCCCUCCUAGCAUCAUGUCUGUUCUGUCCACACAUGGAAAAGUGAGCUUUGACAUCAGUGCCUCAAACUUUUUGCGGUAAACACUACUAAAGCAACUGAACCGAGCGAGAAUAAGAAACUCCUUCAGCCAGGCCAGGAGCAACUCUCUUGUCCCCUGCCAUUUCCUCCUAGGGCUGCUCCUCUUGCCCAGGCAUAGGUGACUCCCAAAGAAAUAUUUCACGCAUUUGUAUUGCAAAUACAUAUAUCAAUAUAUUAUAUAAAAAUAUAUCUAUAUACUGGUUAUAUUAUAUAUCCAUACUUGUAUGUAUCGAUCUUUAUAAAUAUUUAUUAUACAUAAAUAUUGUAUCUAUAUUUCUUAAUCAUGUUUCCCUUGAGGCGAUGUGCAUGUAAUUAUUUCCUGAACCACAGUUGGCAGCCCUGUGCUGUCCUUUAGCCAGCUGUACACUGACUUGGUUCCCAAUAAAGACAUUCUUCGUACCUGUUUGCUGCGUAGUUUCACCAUUCCAUUUAUCAACUCCAUCACAGUCAUUUUUACCUCAUUCUUUCCUUCUACUGGGUUAACUUACAUAAAAAAAUAUGUAAUAAAGAACGAGCCAACACUUUGAAAUUCUCUUUUUAUAUGCCAUAUUUGGUUUAAUUAAAUGAGCAAAUUUAGCAAGUAGCUAAAAAAGCAGAUACUAAGGCAAAAUAAUGAAUAUUAACCCCUUCAGACCUGGCAUACAUCCCCAUGUACAUGAUAUUUACAGCGAAGUCAAAUCUUUACUAAAUGUCUGUAAGACUUCUAAUUGUUGGA